AUGAUGCUCAAGAUGCUGCCGUUUAAGCUGCUGCUGGUGGCCGUGGUUCUGUGCUUCUUCGAGGGAGAUGCCAAGUUUGGGGAGAGCGGCGCCCGCAGGAGAAGGUGCCUCAACGGGACCCCGCCGCGGCGGCUGAAGAAGCGGGACCGGCGGGUGCUGUCCCCGGAGGCCCCGGGCGGCGGGGAGGCGAUGUGCCGCGGCCUCUACCCCCGCCUGUCCUGCUGCUCCCGCUCCGAGGCGCAGGGGCUGCCGCACGCCGAGGCCAAGGUCCUUUCUGUUACCAACAACACAGAAUGUGCAAAGCUACUGGAGGAAAUCAAGUGUGCACACUGCUCACCUCAUGCUCAGAACCUGUUCCACUCACCUGAGAAAGGGGAAACUCCUGAAAAAGAACUAAUGCUUCCCUACCUGUGCAAAGACUAUUGUAAAGAAUUCUAUUACACCUGCAGAGGUCACAUACCAGGUUUCCUCCAAACUACAGCUGAUGAGUUUUGCUAUUACUAUGCAAGAAAAGAUGGUGGUGUGUGCUUUCCAGAUUUUCCAAGAAAACAAGUGCGAGGGCCAGCUUCUAACUCCCUGGACCACAUGGAAGAAUAUGACAAAGAGGAAGAGAUCAGCAGAAAACACAAGCACAACUGCUUCUGUAUUCAGGAGGUUGUGAGUGGACUAAGGCAGCCUGUUGGAGCAGUACAUUGUGGGGAUGGAUCCCAUCGCCUCUUUAUUCUUGAGAAAGAAGGAUACGUGAAGAUUUUCACUCCCGAAGGAGAUAUACUCAAGGAACCUUUUUUGGAUAUACACAAACUUGUUCAAAGUGGAAUAAAGGGAGGAGAUGAAAGAGGACUGUUAAGCCUUGCAUUCCACCCCAAUUACAAGAAAAAUGGAAAGCUGUAUGUGUCUUAUACCACCAACCAAGAACGGUGGGCUAUUGGACCUCAUGACCACAUCCUUAGGGUGGUAGAGUACACAGUAUCCAGGAAAAAUCCACACCAAGUUGACAUGAGGACAGCGAGAGUGUUUUUAGAAGUAGCAGAACUACAUCGAAAACAUCUAGGAGGACAGCUGCUGUUUGGCCCAGAUGGUUUCCUAUACAUUUUUCUUGGAGAUGGCAUGAUCACUCUAGAUGACAUGGAGGAGAUGGAUGGUUUAAGUGAUUUUACAGGUUCUGUAUUGCGCCUCGAUGUCAAUACUGACCUGUGCAAUGUCCCUUAUUCCAUCCCACGGAGCAACCCACACUUCAAUAGCACAAAUCAACCUCCUGAGAUUUUUGCACAUGGACUCCACAAUCCAGGCCGGUGUGCUGUGGACCGGCACCCAACAGAUGUAAACAUCAAUUUAACUAUACUUUGUUCAGAUUCAAAUGGAAAGAACAGAUCUUCGGCAAGGAUCUUACAAAUAAUAAAGGGCAAAGACUAUGAGAGUGAGCCCUCACUUCUAGAAUUCAAGCCAUUUAGCAGUGGGUCCCUGGUUGGUGGAUUUGUGUAUCGGGGCUGCCAGUCCGAGAGGCUCUAUGGAAGUUACGUGUUUGGAGACCGCAAUGGAAAUUUUUUAACACUGCAACAGAGUCCUGCAACCAAACAGUGGCAAGAGAAACCCCUCUGUCUUGGCAACACUGGCUCAUGUAGAGGUUUCUUUUCAGGCCCUGUCUUGGGAUUUGGAGAAGAUGAAUUAGGUGAGAUUUACAUAUUAUCAAGCAGUAAAAGUAUGACACAGCCUCACAGUGGAAAACUCUACAAGAUUGUUGACCCAAAAAGGCCUUUAGUCCCUGAAGAAUGCAAAAGAACAGCUCAGGCUGCACAGAUACUGACAUCUGAAUGCUCAAGGCAUUGUCGAAAUGGGCACUGCACUCCCACAGGAAAAUGCUGCUGUAAUCAAGGCUGGGAAGGAGAAUUCUGCAGAACUGCAAAAUGUGACCCAGCCUGUCGACAUGGAGGUGUCUGUGUAAGGCCCAAUAAAUGCUUGUGUAAAAAAGGCUAUCUCGGCCCCCAGUGUGAACAAGUGGAUAGAAACAUCCGAAGAGUGACGAGGGCAGGUAUUCUUGAUCAGAUCCUAGACAUGACAUCCUAUUUGCUGGAUCUAACCAGCUACAUUGUAUAG